AUGACUGCUGCCGUCAAUGAAGGGUUAAUGCUGACCUCUGUACCUCUCUCUGUCAUCCUCUCUCUUUUAGCCUCUCUCUGUCAUCCUCUCUCUUUUAGCCUCUCUCUCUCUGUCAUGAACUUUCUGUCAUCUGUUAUCUCUGUCAUCCCCUCUCUUUCAUCCCUCUCUAUUUUAAUUUUAUCCUCUCUCUCUUUUAUCCCCCAAAUUUUUCCCUCUUUAAAUUCUUAUCUCUUUAGCCUUUUCCUCUCUCUUUUUAUCCUCUGUUUUAUCCUCUCUCUCUUUGUUCCUUCUCUCUUUAUGUCUUUUAUCCUCUCUCUUUUAUCCUCUCUCUUUUAUCCUUCUCCUUUUAUCUCUUUCUCCAAUUUAGCCUCUCUCUCUCUCUCUCUUUCUCUUCAAGCAAGCAAACAAAAGAACAGAUUUGUUGGUAAACCUAUGAUCAAAUCAGUUAACAUAACCCGUAAUUGA